AUGAGUCAAGUUGCUCCAAAGUGGUACCAAGCUCAAGACGUUCCAGCUGCAAAGCAAUCCAGAAAGACUGCUCGUCCACAAAAGUUGAGAGCUUCUUUGGUCCCUGGUACCGUCUUAAUCUUAUUGGCUGGUAGAUUCAGAGGUAAGAGAGUUGUUUACUUGAAGAACUUGGAAGACAACACCUUGUUGGUUUCUGGUCCAUUCAAGAUCAAUGGUGUUCCUUUAAGAAGAGUCAAUGCUAGAUACGUUAUUGCCACCUCCACCAAGGUUGACGUUUCCUCCGUUGACGUUUCCAAGAUUAACGUUGAAUACUUUGCCAGAGAAAAGACCUCCAAGGGUAAGAAGUCUGAAGCUGACUUUUUCAAUGAAUCUCAACCAAAGAAGGAAAUCAAGGCUGAAAGAAUUGCUGACCAAAAGUCUGUUGACUCUGCUUUGUUGUCUGAAAUCAAGAAGACCCCAUUGUUGAAGCAAUACUUGGCUGCUUCUUUCUCCUUGAAGAACGGUGACAAGCCUCACUUGUUGAAGUUCUAA